CAGCGGAAAAGGAAAGUUAACUGUGCCAUUUCGGAUAGGUAUCUACUACUGAGGUUUAAGGAAAGGCCAGCUUUAAAAGUCGAGAAGCCUGAAAGUGAAGGAUGACAGAGGUAGAAGGCAGUCCAGUUAUGCCAGAAUGGGCCAAACCAAGAGAUAAGAAUGCUCCACCUUCGGACGGCAAGUCUGUGAUAGCUGCCUUAAAGAAAACAGCCUUUGUGGUCGGUACGGCUUUAAUUUGCUUUGCAGCAGCUAGAAACACCAUCACAUGGCAUGUGGAACGUGUUUGGGGAGCCUCUGGGGAUCUUUGGCAGGGAUGGUGGGCAAAAUUCCACUCAUUGUUUGGUGGAGAUCAAUUUUUACUUACUGUUGUAGGAACAAAUGUGGUGACAUUUGUUGUGUUUUGGUUAUUCAAUGCAUUUUAUUUGUUUGUGGAUCUUACUGGGUGGCCGAAGUGGGUUCUGCAGUAUAAAAUACAGGAUGGAACAAAUCAGCCGCUUGACCACAAAAAGCUCAUGCGUGCAGUGAAGUUGGUUUUAUUCAACCAGAUUGUAGUUGGUGGCCUUUUCUCUAUUGUUCUAUACCCUUUGUACACCUGGCGAGGCUGCCCCUUGGGUCCAGAAUUACCCACCUUCCAAUGGGUGCUGUUUGAAAUUGCAAUUUUCUCCUUGGUGGAAGAAGUUGGUUUCUACUACAGCCACAGACUUUUCCAUCAUCCUCGUAUUUACCGUUUUGUUCACAAGAUCCACCAUGAAUGGACAGCUCCAAUUGGUGUUGCGGCACUAUAUGCCCACCCUUUGGAGCAUCUUUGUUCGAACCUGUGUCCAAUCAUUCUUGGACCAUUGCUAAUGGGCUCCCACAUUGCUACGGCCUGGAUGUGGUUUGCUUUGGCAAUUAUGACCACAGUCAACACGCACAGUGGUUAUCACCUGCCAUUUAUGCCAUCACCAGAAGCUCAUGACUUCCAUCACCUCAAAUUUACUCAAAAUUAUGGAGUUCUUGGUGUUCUGGACCGCCUUCAUGGCACCGAUGUCAUGUUCAGAAACUCAAGAGUGUAUGAUAGGCACAUCAUGUUGCUAGGGUUAACUCCCUUAAAACAAACUUAUCCUGAUAAUCCUAAAAAGGGCUCACCAAACAAAAGCAAAUAAUAUAUUUUUCACUUAAAAUCUGUAUUGGCUGUAUGUAUAAUAAUGUACAUGGUGUGCAAGUAAUAUUAUAUAAAGAGAGGAUAUUUGGGCCAUGGUUACUGUACAGCUUGUUUUGGAGUGUUAUUUAUUUCAUUAUGACGUGUAUGCUUUUGAUGGCAUACUAUUGUAAAAUAUUAAUUUGAAUGGUUAAAAUUUGAAUUUAUGCAGGAUGGAUUUUUUCAACCAAUAGAGAGUUGUAUUAUUUUUUUUGGUAAAUAUGUUCUCAUUUUUAUGAGAAAUUGCAAAGUUUUUGCCUACCCUAACAGUGCUCUCCCACAUUUACGCACUACAGGUAAAGUAAAUUUUCAAUCCAGUAGAGCAAUCCUUUUACCCAUUGAAUUUUUAAGCAAUUUUAGAUGUUAAUGAAAGGGAACUACUGGCAAUAAAUUUUACUGGUUACUACCUGAAAAGGGAAACACUGGCCUAAGACAAGGUGCUUUUUAAACAAUGUUAGAGUGCAGUUUGGAUUUCAUUUUGUGUGAGGCAGGAUGUGAGGUAUGAGGUGACAGUAAAACUGUUGAGCCAUUGUGUAACUGUGUUUUGGGUGAAUAAAAGUGGUGUUCUUCA